AUGGUUUCAUUACUAAAUUGUUUCGCGGUAUGUUUCUUGGUGUUGGUGAGCUUAAGCGUGAGUCUUUCUCACAGGGUCCUUUUGGACACCACUUCUGAUGAUAGUUUCAGUGAUAUUGGGUCUGCAGAGAUCCCAUUGAUACCUCUCCCACCACGUGGUAGCAGCAACGAUGGAAGUUCACAUGUCGGUAUUGGAGUAGAACUUGGUGAUCCUGGUGCUCGGUAUGCGCCGAUUGGCAGUGGUGAUACGGGUAGUGGCAGGGGAGGCUGGAUGGGCGACUGGGUUCCAAUUGGAGGUGGCGGUACACUAGAUGGAGCAGGCAACGGUGAGAAUUUUGUUGGAGUAAACCCGAUUGGCAGCGGUGAUACUGAUAGUGGCAGAGGAGGCUGGGGUCCAAUAACUGGUGGAGGUGGUACACUAGAUGGAGCAGGCAACGGUGAGAAUGUAUUUGUUGGAGUAAAGCCGAUUGGCAGUGGUAAUUUUGAUGACGAAGGUGGUCAAAUUAGAACCUCUCCUAGCAGUGGAGAAGGUGGAGGCGGCGAUAUUAUUGGAACUGUCGCUAGUAGCGGAGGAUGGGAUAGAGGAGUUGAUGGUCUUGGUGUUGAAUAUAUGCCGAUUGGCAGCGGUAAUUUUGGCGGUGGAGAAGGUCAAAUCGGAACUGCCCCAGGGUAUGUUCCAAGCGGUAAUGUACGUAGCACUGGAAGAAGAGCUGCUCAAGUUGGAAGUGCGAGUGCCCGUUGGUCUACACCAAUACCAAAGUAUGGAGGUGGUCAAACGAUGGGUGGGUAG